AUGGCUGUGCAUCCAUCUCCGACACCAUCGCCUUCAUCGUCUGGAAGGCGACAUUCCCCAAAUCUCUCCAUCGACCUUUCAGAUCUACCACCGCUGUCAAAGCCAUCGCCGCCCAGCAAUACCCUUCUCAUCACCAAUCUCGAGUCGCUCGAAAUCUUUGCGGCAUCGAAUCUCGAAAGCAUACGAGCAGCGAUCAACCAGCAUGCACAGAUCCAUACCUUCUCGCCCUUGAAGAGUUUCCGCCGCAUAAUAGUGAGCUUCUAUACGACUGAAGAUGCCGUCAAUAUCAGACAAGUCCUCGAUGGCGAAACAGUACUGGGACAUAGAGUGCGAGUCUACUUCGGCAAGGACACCAAGAUCAACGUUGAGGAUCAACAUCUGCAAGCUCCAGAGAGUGGCAAGCUGUUCUUCAUUUCUCCGCCCCCAAGUCCUCCGGUCGGUUGGGAGUCACGCAAUGAAGACCCGCCAAACAAACAGGUGCACGCAGAGGAUCUAGCUGUCGCACUUGCCAAUCUUCGCGCUCAGCCAACUGCGGACGAGGCUCUGUAUGAGGACACGCAAGGCAAGUCGCCCAUAUCGCCAAACACCAACGGAAGGUCGAGAAGUUCCACCUUGGUCUUUGAUCCGCAAGAGCACGGUCGUUCACCAGAUCUACCUGCCAUCGCUGUCGAAGACACUACAGAUAGCCCGAUGCCUAUCAGCCCGAUGGAAGGAGUUGAAAAGAAGUUCCCACACACUGCGCGACCGCCGGUUGAGUUGAUGGAACAAUAA